ACUCUUGCUACGUUCAAAUCUGAAGGGAGAGCAAGCUAGAAAUCGCGUUAUUUGAGUCAAGUGAAAUCUAGGCCCAAUAUUCAAGGCCCAAUUAUUAUAUUUUAAGACACUCAGAGACGACGUCGUAAACAGUGAUGUUUUGUUUAGUCUUGGCUCUUGACAAUUGACAAUUGACAAGUGACGACGUCCUUUUGAAUUAACAAAUGAAGCACAGACAGUGAAUCACUAUCAAUGGAGGCUACAACGGCAGCUCCAUUCUCAUCCUGUGUCACUCCAAGACAAAACCUUUCUUCAUCCCCGAGUUCGUUGCUCCUCUCCCGGAAGAAUCUCGGCAGUGCUAAUCUCAAAUUCAAAUCUCCGAGAAGCCUCUCGGUUCGCGCAUUAACUCUCAGUGAAUCUGUUGUGACUUUACUUGACUACGGAGCUGGGAAUGUCUGUAGCAUCCGUAACGCUCUUCGACACCUCGGUUUCAGCAUCAAAGACGUUAAAACCCCUGGUGACAUUCUGAAUGCUGAUCGUCUCAUCUUUACCGGCGUUGGAGCUUUUGCACCCGCCAUGGAUGUACUUAACAAAACCGGGCAAGCAUCACUAAGCUCUGAGGAUCUCUUCUUUGAUUGAGGUGCUCUUUAAGUUACAUUCAUCGACUCUAGUGAGGAGAAUGGACCAGUCAAAGGUCUUGGUGUGAUACCGGGAACAGUUGGACGCUUUGAUUCUUCAGCUGGUAUAAGAGUACCCCACAUUGGCUUGAAUGCUUUGCAAGUGGGGAAGGAUUCUGAAAUUUUGGAUGAUGUUGGAAGUCGUCAUGUGUAUUUUGUUCAUUCUUACAGGGCCAUCCCGUCAAAUGAAAACAAGGAUUGGAUUUCGUCUACCUGCCACUAUGGCGAAUCCUUUAUAUCUUCCAUAAGAAGAGGAAAUGUGCAUGCAGUCCAGUUCCAUCCAGAGAAGAGCGGGGAGGUGGGGCUUUCUGUUUUAAGAAGGUUCUUGGAUCCACAAUCACCCUCGAAACAGAAACCAAUGGAAGGGAAGGCUUCGAAGCUUGCAAAGAGGGUGAUUGCUUGUCUUGACGUGAGGACUAAUGAUAAAGGAGAUCUUGUAGUUACUAAAGGCGACCAAUAUGAUGUGAGAGAGCAAUCUAAUGAAAACGAGGUUCGUAAUCUUGGAAAACCUGUGGAUUUAGCUGGUCAGUAUUACAAAGAGGGUGCAGAUGAGAUUAGCUUUUUAAACAUAACUGGAUUCCGUGAUUUUCCUUUAGGGGAUUUGCCGAUGAUACAGGUUUUGAGGUACACAUCAGAGAAUGUCUUUGUACCACUAACCGUUGGAGGUGGUAUUAGAGAUUUUACAGAUGCUACCGGCAGGUACUACUCUAGUUUGGAAGUUGCUGCUGAGUAUUUCAGAUCCGGUGCUGAUAAAAUCUCCAUAGGAAGUGACGCUGUUUAUGCUGCGGAAGAGUUCAUUAAAUCAGGGGUGAAGACAGGGAAGAGUAGUUUAGAGCAAAUAUCCAGAGUUUAUGGAAAUCAGGCAGUGGUUGUAAGUAUUGAUCCUCGUAGAGUUUAUGUGAACCAUCCUGAUGAUGUGCCAUACAGUCAUGUUCUCACCUCUUUUCUCUUUGCUUUGUCAUGGUCUAAACGAACAUGGUUGAGGCUGGCUACAUAUCAUACAUUUACAUGGCAAAAUUGGGCUGCUUUGAAAGAUCAAGGAAAAUACUCUAGAAGCUAUGUUAACUCUAGUUUCAGAUGUCUUGCGUCAAUCUUUUCUGAGCUUUUCUUGUAUAGCCUUGUGUUCUUUGUACUAUACAAAGAAUUGAGUUUCUCCAUAGUUUUGCAUACAAAUUUAAUCCACUUGCUAUUGUUAGGUCCGAAUGGGGAAGAAUAUGCAUGGUACCAGUGCACGGUAAGUGGAGGGCGAGAAGGUCGGCCUAUUGGAGCGUAUGAGCUUGCAAAAGCGGUUGAAGAGUUAGGUGCUGGUGAAAUUCUACUGAACUGCAUAGACUGUGAUGGUCAAGGGAAAGGAUUUGACACGGACUUGGUAAAGCUCAUCUCUGAUUCUGUAGGCAUACCGGUGAUCGCAAGCAGUGGAGCAGGCACUCCUGAGCAUUUUUCUGAGGUGUUUGAGACGACAAAUGCAUCUGAUGCUCUUGCUGCCGGCAUUUUCCACCGGAAAGAGGUACCAAUCCAGUCUGUGAAAGAGCACUUGGUAGAGAAGAGCAUAGAAGUCAGGAUGUAAGAAAUUCCGUUUCUGUUCAAGACUUCACGUGCUACCAUUAUUCAUGUCACACUUUCAACAAGAUCGAUUAUUAUUUUCAAUAAGUUAUUAUUAUAACAGAUUAAUCGAUCACUGAUCAUUUCGUUGUAUGAGAAUAGAUGAACUUAUGUUAUCUUUUUAUUUCAUCAUAAGAAAGCAUAUACGUUUUCAAAAUUGUUCA